AUGUGCGGCACUGACAACGCUUCAGCGGCGGCUCCCGCGCCGCACCCGGCCUCGACUGCCCACCUACCGUCGUCCUCGCCUUAUAGCCAGGUCCAAGAUUUCAUCUCCCAGACCCAAUCGUACCAGAUCAUCGAAUCAACUUUGCGCGAGGGAGAGCAAUUCGCCAAUGCCUUCUUCACUCGUGAGCAGAAGGUCAAGAUCGCAACCAUGCUCUCUGAGUUUGGAUGCCAGUAUAUUGAGCUUACGAGCCCUGUGAGCUCCCAGGCUUCAUACGACGACUGCAAGUACAUUUGCUCGCUUGGACUCAAGGCCAAGAUCUUGACACACGUUCGAUGCAACAUGGAAGAUGCCAAGCGCGCAGUGGAAUGCGGAGUUGACGGUGUAGAUCUCGUUAUCGGCACUUCAUCCUUCCUUCGCCAGUACAGCCAUGGAAAAUCCAUGGCUAUCAUCAAGGAAACGGCACUCGAAGUCAUUGAAUACGUCAAGUCGAAGGGAGUUGAGGUGCGAUUUAGUUCCGAGGACAGUUUCCGAUCCGACCUUGUCGAUAUUCUUUCCCUUUACCAGGCCGUGGAUAAGGCAGGCGUGAACCGCGUUGGUAUCGCCGACACUGUCGGAGGAGCUACUCCCCGAAUGGUCUACGACCUCGUCCGCACGCUCCGAGGUGUGGUAGGCUGCGACAUCGGUGCGUAUUUGAACCCGACGUCUUCUUCACUCACACUCCUUGUCAAUCCCUCUUCUCAAGCUCACAUACAAGUUGCUUCUUAUGAUGAAUACUUUGCUAACAACUCUAAAGAAACCCACUUCCAUGACGAUACUGGCUGCGCAGUCGCGAACGCUCUCACUGCCCUCGAAGGAGGAGCCACGCACGUGGACACGUCUGUUUUAGGUAUCGGAGAGCGAAACGGCAUCACCCCUCUUGGUGCUUUAAUGGCUCGCAUGGUCGUAACUGCGCCAGAGUACACUAAGAAGACAUUUGAUCUUCCACGCUUGAAGACUAUCGAGGAGUACGUUGCGAGUGUUGUCGAGAUCAACAUUCCAUUCAACAACCCCGUUACAGGCUUCUGUGCCUUCACGCACAAGGCUGGUAUCCACGCCAAGGCUAUUCUGGCGAAUCCCUCUACUUACGAGAUCAUCGACCCUGCGCUAUUCGGACUGACUCGCUACGUUAACAUUACCUCAAGAAUUACCGGAUGGAACGCGGUCAAGGGCAGAAUUACCCAACUCGGCCUGGACGGACCCGGUGGCUUCGAGACCGACGACCAAAUCAAGGAAGUUACUGCUAAGAUCAAGCAACUGGCUGACAUCCGACCACUUGCCAUCGACGAUGCGGAUUCUAUUAUCCACGCAUACCAUCUUCAGCUCACGGGUAACAGUAAGCAGCAGGAGACCGCUGCUUGA